AUGAAUUCUAAGAUUGAAAGCGACUCAAUUAUUGAUCCUGCAGCAAUCUUCGCUAUGCUUUUUGGUAGUGAGCUUUUUGAGGAAUAUAUUGGCCAGCUAGCCAUGGCAUCAAUGGCUUCACUAGAUAUUUUCUCAGAAGGGGAGCGGUUCGAUCCCAAAAAGCUGCAAGAGAAAAUGCGGAUAAACAGGUAUGCAUUUUCUGGUGGACAAGAUUCAAUAGAGAAACAUAGAGAACUUGGAGCACAUCGCGAGCUUACAGGUGUUGAUGCGUUGAAUACAAUUGGCUACAUAUAUGCCAGAAAGUCAGCAAAAGAGCUACAGAUGCUUGCAAAGAUAGGGUAUAUCAUUUCGUUGUUAGGCUAUGUUCCUGCGAUCGAUGGAGAUUUAAAUUUUCCUGAUAACUAUGCUCCAUUUACAUUUCAUGAAGGCUUGCUUUCCAGUGAGCAAGGUGCCUACAUUGCAGAGUCUAUCGCUGCUAAGAACAUGAAACAAGCGAAGAGCCGUUUUCGGAUGUAUGAGGAUGCCACAGAUCAUGGUGGUUCUAAUCAUUCUGCAAAAGUAGAGCCAGCCAAUGGUUGUACAGGUGAAAGGGAAACUGGGAAGUCUGCAAAGAAACUUGAUAAAGGAAGGACUGCAAAAGAGGAGGCAUCCAAACGUGAGAAGCUUGAGAUUGCAAGGGAAGCUGCCCCAUUUGUGGAUCCUGCUGUUUUGGUGGAAACUUAUGAACAAGAGGAAUGUGUCGAUGAUCUUGAAGGGGAUGAUCGGAUUCAAUCUGCGCUUGCUCACAUUGUGACGCACGCACUUUUGAAGAUGCUCCUGGACCUGCAAGUGGAGGAGGCAUUUGCUUUCUGUGGUACUCCAGAAGGUGAUCUGGUCCAUCCUGCAGCAGUACUGGAGACAGUUAGGCGUCAUAGAGUCAAUGUCGAUGGCAAUGUCUGUACUGUCAUGGUAACCACUUUGGUUCUUGAGGGAUGGCAGCGGAAACUUGAUCCCAGGAUCGAUGGAGAUUUAAAUUUUCCUGAUAACUAUGCUCCAUUUACAUUUCCUGAAGGCUUGCUUUCCAGUGAGCAAGGUGCCUACAUUGAAGAGUCAGCGCUGCUAAGAACAUCAAACAAGCUAAGGGCCGUUUUCGGAUGUAUGAGGAUGCCACGUAGCAUGCAUUACAAUCAUUUUGAUGUGCUAGAUAAAGGAAGGACUGCAAAGGAGGAGGCACGUGAGUUACAGCUUAGGGAGGAGGCAUCCAUACCUGAGAGGGUCCGAGAAAUACAGAAAAAUCUAUCUUCCAUACUUAAAGCACUUGGGGAAAUGUCCAUUGCUGAUCCUAUUUUAGCACACACAGUCAGCUUCCUUCCCUGA